AUGUCUUCCCUAAGAUCACAACACCAUAAUCAAAUACAAAAGUUGGAGAAUGAUCUUCAAGAAUGUAGGAGUAGCGAAUAUCAAUUACAACAUAAAUGUAGGUUAUCGGAACUUGAAAAAGAUUCGUAUAUGAAACGAUGCGAUUCGUUAGAGAAAGAUGUAGAACAAUGGCAAAGUCUAGCCAAAUCGGCGAUAGAAGAAAAGGUCGAAAAACUCAACAAAAAGCUUCAAUCUGCAACGAUAGAUCUUGACAGAUACCAACAAUCAUCUCAAAGUUAUGAGCGUGCUUAUAAAGAUCAAAUUCUUGUUGCCCAAAAAGCGAAUUCAGAUAAGGAUGAAGCGAGUAAAUAUCAUCAUGAACAAUUGAGACUUUUGAAUACAGAACUAGAAAACGCGAAACGUUUGAUACAAAUACAUGAAAAACGCGAGGAGGAUCAUCAAAAUCUCAUGACAGAAACUAAAGGUAGUGUCUUAUACGAUCUUAAAUUUUAUGUUAAUGCGCUUCGAGUUGUUGAUGACUUAAAUAAUACUCUACUGGAGACUAAAGCAAAAUUGGAAGAGUCGGUUAACGAGAAACAAAAUUUACAUGAAGAAGUACAAAGACUUAAAGAAGAGAAUCGACAAUUGAGUGAUAUAUCUGCAAUUGCUAAUACUACCCCAGUUGGAGCUGUAAACCUUGCAUUACAGAAAAAAGGAAAAUCUAUAGUUCAAUUGUAUUCAGAUUACUCCAAGUUACAAGAACGGAUUAUAGCCGAAGAGAAGAAGAAUAUGGAGCUUUUGCAACUGUUGAAUACGUUCAAUCAUGAAAUCGGUCAAUUCUCACCUGUUAUUAAUCAAAAAAAUGAAGAAUUUGAUAGAAUCGUCAAUGAGCAUAGGCAAAUGUCCGAACAACUUUUAGAACGUGACAAAGAAAUUGAAAACACCAAGGCAUUACUAAAAAACUCCAGAUCAGAAAAUCAGGAACUUAACGACCGAGUUAUUGAACUUCAAAAUGAAAAAGAAUUGUGUGUCAAACAUAAUACGUCACUAUUAGAAGAACUCGAUAAGCUUCGUAAAGAAGGCUCAACCAAUGUUGAAUUAAACGUUAACGGGGAACCUGCCAAAUACGAUGAUUUAAAUUCAUUAUAUUCGCGUACCCUCCAUUUGGAAUCUGAAAAAACAAUCAUGAUUAGGAAGAUGCAAAGUUAUCAAAACAUGAUUAGUGAGUUAGAAGUCCAAAUAUCUCUUAAAAAUACUGAGAAUAAAAAUGCUGUUGGGGAGGUUACUCGACUUCAACAGCGUCUAAAACAAUGUCAGACACAAAUUGAUACGCUUGAACGUGAAAGAGAAUUGGAGUUACGUAAACGUCGUAGCAUGUCUAUUGACUUAAGUCCAAUAAAGGGAACAUAUCAAAUGAACGUUUCCUCUGCUUCACUCCUACCUGAGUACCAAACGGAGAAUACAGACUUGAAGAAUCGUCUUGAUAUUGCUACCGAUGAAAUUAAGAAUUACGAAGAGAAAUUGCAAAAGUCAAAUCAAGAUUUGUCCGUAUUCCGUCACGAAAAGAUUCAACUUACAUACGAUAAACAACAUUUAGAAGAGCGAUAUAAAAUUCUUGAUAGCCAUUUCAACAUGAAAAUUGAAGAAAAUAAAUCCAAUAAGGAUUUGUUACGACAGGUACAAAAGAUAAAUGAACAAUUGGAGAAACAGGCGAAAAAGGCGGAUAAUGAAAGGGUACUUUUAUCCCAAGAGCUCAAAACGUUGCAAAAUGAGUAUCAAACCCGUAAAGAUGAAUGGGAACAGUUACAACGCAGUUUUAAUAAAGAAAUGGAUGAGCUCAUGUCUGAUAAACAGAAAGCUGAGGCCGAGGCUCAGGGCACACAAAGAUUAUUAGUAGAGAAAAGCCGCUUAGAAAAUGAACUUAGCGAAACUCAAGAUAAGCUAUUAGCAAUACAAGUUAAACACGAUAAAUUAAAUGAACAGCAUGAAGAGUUAUCAGAGAAAUAUUAUUCUGUACUUACCAAAUCAGCCGAAGAUAAGAGCAGUCUCAUUGACGAAAACACAACAUUACAAAAUAAAAUCAAUACGUUUGAAUCAGAACAAGAUAAAUUGAAUGUGACCAUUGAAUCAUUAAAUAAAGAAAUUCAAGAAUAUAAGGAUAAGGUGCAUCUUCUAGAGACACAAGGACAAGGACCUGCCAUAGUUCAAUUGCAGCAAGACCUUGAUAAUCUCAAGAAAGAACGUGAAGAGCUGCAAAAGUACAGUGAAUCAUACAAAGAUCUAGCAGAAUCGAGGGGAAAAUCAUUAGAAGAAAAUGAAAGAUUAUAUCUUGAAUUGAAGACCGCUGCAGAUCAAGAAAUAAAUGAGAAUAAUGCCACGAUAAAAUCGCUUCAAGAUGAGCUACAAAAAAUUAAGGAUGAACUCACGUUGAAGGAAAACGAUCUUAAUAAGCAACUAAAGGAACUUUCUGAUGCUCUUGAUCAGUUAAAUAUUUCACAGCAGCAAUUAAAUGAAAUAAUGUCAAGCUCAGCUGCCAGAGACCAACACCAUA